AUGUCUUUACCUCAAGAGCUAUCCAUUGCUUUCAAAGAAUCCAUUGGCUUACGCCCCGUGGCAAAUCCAUCGGAUUGUUCGGUGAAAUGUCUGGAGGUUUUGGACAACGAUGUGCCUAUGCAGGGUGGUGGAUUUUACAACAAGAAUUCAGAUCUGCAGUAUGCCGCGAUGCAGAGAGCUUUGCCAUUAUUUGAUUCAAGUUUAAUACAAGGCGCAAAUCCAAGGGUAUUUUCAGUGGUAGAAUACGGAUGCGCCCAAGGCGUAAACUCGAUCGAGCCAUUUCAGCGUAUCUUGAGUACAAAUUAUUUCCAAAGGCCAGUCGCCGACACUACUGGCGACGAAGUGAAUCUAAUUUUCACCGAUCGCGUCGGGAACGACUUCACCACGGUGGCAAACACGAUAAAUAACACCCAGUGGUUCCCAACCACUAGACCCGGUCCAAAGAUUUUCACCUCCAUGGUAGCGCAGAGCUUCUACAAAAGGGUCGUUCCUACACACUCUGUCUAUUUAGGAUUCUCCCUGGCUACGCUUCAUCACUUGGAACGCUAUCCGACUCUUACUGUGUCUGAUGGGAAGGAAGGGUCUGAAUCAAACGAGGAACAGACUCUGCUCAAAGAGCAAGCCGACAAAGAUCUGUGCAAAUUUCUCCAUCUAAGAGCCGAGGAAUUUCGAUCGCAUGGAACUCUGGUUCUAUCUUUGGUGGGCCAGUCAUCAACAGGGAAUCCUAAUUACCCCGGUUUAGUGGACUCUUGUCGACAAGCCAUGAUAAGCCUUGUGAUGGAGGGCCAGAUUCCGCCCGAAGUGGCCAAGGCAUUCCGAGUUCCAACGUACGAUCGGACGUUGGAGGAUGUUGAGAACUCGCUCGAAAAUCUUCAAGAUCUCUGGACAGUGGAGCAUCUAUUCGAAGAAGAAAUUGUCCACCCUGCAUACGAGACUCUUGUUGCCACGCAGCCUGGCUCUGAUGGGGCCAGGGCAAGCAUUGAUUAUACCAACAACGUGGUGAACUGGAUGAUGGCUGUUAUCUCCGGCUAUUUCGUUAAAGCAUUGCAUGUCGCGGGAGUGAAUGAUCCGGUGGUUCAAAAUAACUUCUUGGAUGCUUGGAGCUCUUUGACUAAACAGACCUUCCUCAGGGAGCAUCGGAAUGAGAAGGUGGCGUGCUCGUUCAUCUACGUUAAGUUGGUCAAAAUUUAA